AUGUCGACCGAACCCGAACCAUCCGCCCAACAGGCCCAAACCAGCAGCAAUACCAACAACGACUCUUCCAGUCUUCAAUUCACCUCGUCCGCUUCCAGCGAGCAAGCCCUUCCCCCCAACGUUGCACGCUCUCCAUCCAAAACCAACUUCCAAUGGCCCUCCGAGCCUCUUAACCAAGGACGACACUCUCUACCACAAGAAUCCCAGAAGACUCUCGAAAACGCCAAUCGGGACAUUUCUGAUCGCAUCGCACAGGCGCAUCACGGUGCUUCUUCUCAACAUUCUCCUUCCGAUUCCAUGUCUGGUUUGGAUCAUCCGAGAUUGUCGGUUCAGCUUGCGAAUGCGUUGAAUACGAUUGAGGAUGAUAGGAGGCACGGCUUUUCGCCGACAAAUACAAGCUUCUCGCCACCACCACCACCACCACCACCAACAACAACAACACAGCUUUCGUCUUUGCCCAUGCCGAUCCCGAGUGCUCAACCGCACGGUAUGCAGAGAACAGAGUCGAACGGAACUAGCAAGUCAGCUGGUUCGGAUAAGGGGGAUACCUUGGUGGCAGGUUCUCACCAAUUCCCCGCUUUCCUUCCGGACAUGUUUCGAAACGCUGCCACCAUGCCCAUCAAUCUUCUUCGCUCGCUUAUCCCUGAUAAUGCAUUUCCAGCAUCGCACGACGAAGGUCUUAGUGCAAGCACAUUGCAAGUUCCAGUGACGAGCUUCAAUGCUCUUUUCGAAGCCUGUAAAGCGCUCGAAUGGCUUGCUGCUCAGGCAGCCAACUUUGAAAACCAAGACAAAGCAUCCGCAUCCGCAUCCGCAUCCGCAUCCGCAUCCGCAUCCGCAUCCGCAUCCGCAUCCGCAUCCGCAUCCGCAUCCGCAUCCGCAUCCGCAUCCGCAUCCGCAUCCGCAUCCGCAUCUGCAUCCGCAUCUCGACGAAAUUCGGCUGCUCAACAGCAGCAGAGCGAUGACGGGGUGGAUUUCGCCUAUUUCGAUUAUCUGCAACUGCUUCAGAAGGUAGCGGAUGUGGUUAGUGGUUUAGCAGCAUCGAGAGGGAUCGAUUUGGUGCUGGAUUUGGAGCCCAAGUUGCAAGGUCAACCAGCGGAUAAUCAGAGGAAUUACAAGCUAGGCUCGUGUACCGUUUGGGCAGACAGGAUAGCUAUGACGUUUCUGUUUAUAAGCUGCAUUUCCAGGCUGCUGCACAAUGCGCCGAUUGCGUCCGGGGUAGUGUUGACUUCGACGUUGACGGAGAAGGAGGAGAAUGUUGUAAGACCGGAUAGGAAUGCAGAGAUGAAGCUCAUGGUUCUUUCGCUUGGCUUGCGGCUUAUUUUGCCCAGGGCCGUUGCAAGUACGCCAGAGUUGAUGUCGGCGAUAUCAGGUACUCCUGCUUCGAUUUUAUUGGAUGCAUUCGGUGCAAGACUUACCACCGAACAUUCAACAAGUAAGCUCCCAGGCAGUCCUGACCGAGCUAUCAUAGAUCAUUACAUCAGCGUUCCUGUCGGUCAACUACCCGAUCCUGAACAAGCCACCGCACCAUCGCAACAACAACAACAACAACAACAACAGAUAGAGGCGAAAUCGAAGCAUGCUGUCGGGCCGAACGAAGAUGAGCUUGUCGAAUUCGCGGCUUCUUUAAGGGGAAAGAAGGUAGCGUUGUAUUCGACGUCUCAGAGUUUGUUCGCAAGGCAGGUGGCGAGGUUUUUGGGCGGGUUGGGAUGUGAUAUUGCGCCUGUAUUUUCGGAUAGUGUCGAUGAGGAUUCUUUGGAGGGGGAUGAUGUUGUUUUUGGGAAACAGGCACAUACCGCGGUUGCCUUGACAAAGGGGAGACCGGCGUUGGUUAGUUAUACUAGUGAUAUCGAUAGGCAGGCGCAUGCCGGGCAGUCGGCCAAGGAUGGGAAGCGAGAGCAAUCGAGCGAAAGCGCGAGUACCGAGGAGCGAGUUGAUCCGAUUGAUACUGCGGUGUUGGAUCCUGUCACUGGCGUGCCUGUUACUUUUGACAACUUUCCCUUACAAACAGGUGUUUCUGCCACCGGGCCAACGCCGGCGCCCGUUGAUGGGACGAGAGAUGCAUCUUCAACGCAAACGCAGAUCGAUGCGACGGGAAGACGUGUUGUGCCGUUCAGCUUUGUUGUUAUCGAUGAUGAUAUUGCUACGUUGCAGAAGGAGUUGCUGCGUAUACGGUCUGCUGUACCGUUACUCAAGUCAGCAUUGCUUUCGAAAAGUGCAGCUGCGAACAAGGAGGAGAAACCUGCAAGGCUGACUCUGGAUCAUCGGACCAAAUCGAGCCCGCAAGUCAAUCGGCUUAAGGGGUCUCAGCAAGAUGCGCAUUCUCGUUCUUUCGGCUCACUUGGUACCGUCCUCAUGAGCGGCGACAAAGGCGUCCAUCUGGAAGGGCAAGGUGCAAGAGAAGGAAAAGUAGAAAAUAUGGACGAAUGCGUCUCACAAACCAUCAUCUUUUUCACCUCGAUGAAGUCCUACCGUCUUGUCCGGGAUACAGUACAGCCGAUCAUCGAUUCAGCUAGUUUUCACGGCGUAUCCUCACCUCCGGAGAUCAUGGUCCUACCGAAGCCGGCCGGUGCCAAGAGGAUUCUUACUGCGCUGCAUCUGGCAGAGCACAAACCGGUUGUUCAAUUGCCUUAUCUUCCGAUUGCCACUUCACCCUUAUCGCCGCUCAUUACGCAGGCUAAGUCUUGGUGGACGCCUGCAACGGCACAAAAACAGCAAGGGGAGGGGGAAGGGAUUAUGACUCUAACCCGUCGGAUGACAGCUGAGACAGAUACAGAUUUCGAUGCUACUCCAGGGACGCCAUGGACUCCGAUCGAUGCGGCAAAGACUCCUGCGGAUAGUAGUUCUGCUAAUCAAAUCCCACUCACGAGCGAAACUCUACCCCUCGCAGCCGAGGUUCCGCGACAGGGGGCGAGUGUGAGGACCAACCAUACACGGGAUGCUGCUAGAGAUGCUAUUCCGGGCACUGCUCCGCCGGGGUCGAAUAGCACGACUAAGUCUGCGCCCAGAUCGACUGCUUCUCGUCCGCCUGUGGGCAAGGCGGCAUCAGGUGGGGGUGCAGGUGCGGAGGAUAUCUCAACGCAAAAAUCCACCCAUGCAGGAUCUGGAAGCAACAGCGCCACUUCCCCUCUAUCCUCAAUACCUCAGAGAUCGCAUGCGGUUAGCAGCCCCAUGCCAGCCGAUGCGUUGGAGUACUUUAGUGAAACAGCCGCCAAAAUAGGUUCUUCUGCUGCAAGUGGAAUGGUGAUUCAGAGUCCGGAUGGUAGACCUGCGGGGAUUUUUUUCCAACCUAAAGCUACGCCUUGUUUUGCAUCUGCGUCCAAACCAACUCUCUCCCGUGGCCUUUCUGCGAGUUCGUUGAGGAGGAGUCAUGGUUCGGAGGAAAAGUCGAGUGUCGGAUCGGAUGUGGGGGCGAGGGGGGAGAGGAGGUUGGCGAAUCGAAGUACAACCAGUAGCAACGGAGCCGGAAAUGGCCCCUUGGCUACGGUGGCAGAGCAAACCACAUCGGCGGAUGGCAAGGGCGAGGGGCCAGCACAGCAAUUGCAGGUUCCAAAUGUGGGCAAGUAUCCGAGUGGAAGUAUGUUUGCUCCUCAGGUGGGGAUUCGUUCGGUUUUGAAUGGGUCUAGACCGCCGAUGACUACUCCCUUGGGGCCUAGUAAGGCGGCGUCUCAGCAGGAUAGUGAGGGUCGGUCGCAGGUAGCUAGCGGUAAAGGCGAGGUCGGAUCUGGGGCGGAUGCUAGUGGCAAGCAAGCCGAGCAGCAAUCUACUGCUGCCAAAAGUGCCACUGAUGAUGCUACAGCAACAUCAGAGAGAGCUUCAGCGCCAGCAAAAACAACAAGUGAAGCGGCCAACGCAACCACCACGAUCACCUCCCCCUCCGCCGCUCCUCGUAAACCCUCAGCGCCAGUAGCGGGCACCAAAGCCUCCAGCACGACCAACACCCCUAACGCUGGCACUGCACCAAAUUGCGCAAAUCGCACCUCAAACCGAGCCCGCACGACCACCACCUCUGCCUCUGAAUUCAAAACGAAACCGUCAGCGGUUGCGCAAUCGGGCUUUAUGAUGGGUAUGGGAUUUGCCUCUUCCGCUCGCCGCGGACGCGGACCUAAAAAAGCGCCUAUCCGAGAAGCAGUUCUACCUCCAAUCAAAGUGUUGAUUGUGGAAGACAAUCCGAUCAACCAACGUAUCCUGUCGAUGUUUAUGGGCAAGAAGAAGAUCAAGUAUGAUGUGGCCAACAACGGUAGGGAUGCGGUUGAAAAGUGGAAGACUGGAGGAUACCAUCUGAUUCUGAUGGAUAUUCAGUUACCAGUGAUGGAUGGGAUUCAAGCAACAAAGGAAAUUAGAAGAUUGGAGAGGUCUGCGAAUAUUGGUAUCUUGCCUAACUCUCCGGCUGCUGUGGGGGAGGUGAAAGCUGUACUCGACGUUCAGGAUAAAUCCGCGACUCAGACCAGUGGCGAAGGAUCCGAGGAAGCGAACAAAGUGCUUAGUGGAACAAGUAGAACACUUACUACGAAAGGUUUGGUUAAGCAUGCAAUUGCUCCCAACACCUCCGCUACCGAAACCGAAAAGAAACAGGUAUCAGGAGAAUCAUCGAUGACUCGCUCUGGUACCUUAAUCAAGGAUGCAAACGAUCGGAACACUAACCCUACCCACCGAAAUCCCAGCGAUGCAAGUGCAAAAGGAAUCAAUGCGUUCAGAGCAAGUGUCAUCAUUGUUGCCUUAACAGCAUCCGUUCUUUCUUCUGACCGAGUGGAAGCGUUAGCAGCAGGAUGUAAUGAUUUUUUAAACAAACCUGUUUCCUUGCCAUGGUUAAACCAAAAAAUUCUGGAAUGGGGUAGUAUGAUGUAUCUCAUGUACUCUGGCAUAGCUUCUGACGAUAUUCCGACUGGGAUGAAUGUAUAUGGUGUUGGAAAAGUAGGAGUUGGAAUAGGCGAAAGUGAAGCGGAUAAAGCACAAUUGCAUUUAGGAUUUGCUUAUGGACCAGCAGAAAAAGCAAAAACUUUGGCGAAUAAUUUACAUCUCAGUGAUACUCUGGCGCAAAAGAAGAAAAAGAAACAAGAUUUCCUCUCGGAAAGCGAACAGCAACAGAACAAGCUCGCCUCACAGAGACACAUCCAUCCACAGCGCCAAGAUAGCAGUGCAAACCAGAAGCAACAGAAGGAAAAGCAGUAA